AUGGAGGAGCAGGAGAAGCAGGAGAAGCAGACGCAGAGGAAACCCGUGAGACUGAUCGCCGCUGCGUGUCGAGGUCUGGGCAUCGGGAAGAACGGAGGUCUGCCGUGGCGUCUACCGUCUGAAUUCCAGUACUUCGUCAAGAAUAUCACAAGUGUAUCCAAACCCGGGAAAAUGAACUUGUUGAUUUGGGGGAAACUGUGUUGGUAUUCCAGCCCUGAAGACUUACUCCCUUUGGCUAACACUCUGCAUGUUGUGUUGAGUAAAACACUAGAAACGGCUCCAGAACAUGCCCACUUCCUGUGUAAGGACUUUGAAAGUGCUGUGCUCCUGGCCUCACAGCCGCCUCUCAGUGACAUCGUGGAGACCAUCUGGGUUGUCGGAGGCACUCGGGUUUAUAAGGAUGGCAUGAUGCACCCCUGGUGUGACCUCAUCUACCUCACCGACGUCAUGGCCACGUUUGACUGCGACGUGUUCUUCCCAGAGUUUGACAAAAGUGUAUUUCAACUGCAAGACCAGUUUCCUGGUGUGCCAUGUGAAAUUCAAGAAGAAAAUGGAAUACAGUUUAAAUUUGAAGUUUUUGAGAAAAAGGACCGCAGUUGA